AUGACGAUCAUCACCCUGGCUGGUGGCACUGGUGGAGUGGGCAAAACUAUUGUUGAAAAAUUGCUCGAAUCUAAAUUUGAUAUUGUCGUUCUAUCUCGCAGUGGAAAACAAGACUCCGCUUCGCAGAAUAUUCAAAAUGUACAGAUCAACUAUGAUGAUAUUCCAUCAAUGGUACAUGAGCUUGAGCGACACGACGUUCACACCAUUAUAUCCACUAUUGGUCUUACUUCCGAUGAGACAAGUCAAUCUCAGCUGAACUUGAUCGAAGCUGCAGAAAAGUCUAGAUCAACAAAAAGAUUCAUCCCCAGUGAAUACUCAUUCGUCCAAACACCCGAGUUACUCCAAAUUGACCCUAGUAUCCAAUACUGGCUUGAUGCAGCAGAUCGUCUCAAGGCUAGUGGCUUACAAUAUACCAGAGUAAUUCCUGGUUUCUUUAUGGACUACUGGGGCAUGCCACAUGUCCAAACUCACCUGCAUCCCUUCACAUUUGGUAUUGAUAUAGCUAGCGGAACGGCUGCAAUCCCAGGAGACGGGAACAACGUGAUUUGUAUGACAUAUACGUACGACAUGGCUACUUACCUGGUCAAGGCACUUGACCUCGAUGAAUGGCCUGAGCUCAGUGUGAUAGUCGGAGAUGAAGUUACCUAUAACCAGGUCCUCGGUAUGGCGGAAGAAUUCACCGGCAAAAAAUUCAAUGUCACAUACGAUAGUCUGGAGAAAAUCAUGUCUGGUGAUGUCACCGUCCCUCCGCAGCCAGAAGGCAUGGAAUAUUCAUCGAACGAGGUCAAAGAGACGACUGCAUUGGUGAGCAGACUCACAGUCAACAAUGUCUUUCAACUGCCGGGUGAUCGUCUCAAUACUCGGUUUCCAGAGGUGAAGCCAGUUACGAUGAGAAAAUUACUACACAGUGCCUGGAACAGAAACAGUGUAUAA